AUGCGCGAAUGCAUCUCUAUGCACGUUGGCCAAGCUGGCGUCCAGAUCGGAAACGCCUGCUGGGAGCUGUACUGCCUGGAGCACAACAUCAACUUCGAUGGCACUUUGAUGAAGAACGAGGCGGCCCAAGAAAAAAGUGAUGAUUCUUUCAGCACCUUCUUCAACGAGACGGGCACCGGGCGCUACGUGCCUCGCUCCAUCUACAUCGACCUGGAGCCGACGGUGGUGGACGAGGUGCGCAACGGGCCCUACUCCCGUCUCUUCCACCCUGAGCAGCUGAUCACCGGGAAGGAGGACGCGGCGAACAACUACGCCCGCGGUCACUACACCGUCGGCAAGGAGCUCAUCGAUCCGGUGAUCGACCGGGUGCGCAAGCUGGCCGACCAGUGCAGCGGUCUGCAGGGCUUUCUCAUCUUCCACUCUUUUGGCGGCGGCACGGGCAGCGGCUUCACCAGCCUCCUCAUGGAGCGCCUCUCGGUGGACUACGGGAAGAAGAGCAAGCUGGAGUUUGCCGUCUACCCGGCGCCUCAGGUGUCCACUGCCGUUGUCGAGCCGUACAACAGCAUCCUCACGACGCACAACACGCUAGAGCACGCCGACUGCUCCUUCAUGGUCGACAAUGAGGCCAUCUUUGACAUCUGCCGCCGCAACCUCGACGUUGAGCGUCCCAGCUACAGCAACUUGAACCGCCUCAUCAGCCAGGUUGUCUCCUCCAUAACCGCUUCGCUGCGCUUUGACGGCGCUCUCAACGUGGACCUGACUGAGUUCCAGACCAAUCUGGUCCCAUAUCCUCGCAUUCACUUUCCACUGGUCACCUAUGCGCCCAUCAUCAGUGCUGAGCGUGCCUACCACGAGCAGUUCAGCGUCUCUGAGAUUACCGCCUCCUGCUUUGAGCCGCAAAACCAGAUGGUCAAGUGCGACACUCGUCAGGGCAAGUAUAUGGCCUGCUGUCUUCUCUACCGCGGUGACGUGGUACCCAAGGACGUUAACGUGGCCAUCUCUGCCAUAAAAAACAAGCGUACAGUGAGUUUUGUCGAUUGGUGCCCGACCGGCUUCAAGAUCGGUAUCAAUUACCGACCUCCACAAGUCGUCCCCGGUGGAGAUCUUUCCAAGGUGCAGCGUGCCGUCUGCCUUCUGUCGAACACUACCGCGAUUUCAGAGGCCUGGGCUCGCCUGAACCACAAGUUUGACCUUAUGUACUCUAAGCGCUGCUUUGUCCACUGGUACGUCGGCGAGGGCAUGGAAGAGGGCGAGUUUAGCGAGGCUCGCGAAGACCUGGCCGCCCUGGAGAAAGACUACGAGGAGGUGGCUACUGAUUCGAACGAGCUGGAUGCUGCCGAUGAUGAAGAAUUUUAA